GAAAUGUUAAGCAGAGAGGAAAUGGAAAUUGCAAUAGCAUAGCCAUAGAUGGAAGUACAGUAGAAAAGAAAGAAAUCCCACGUCAAUAUCAGACGGAGAGAAAGUUGAAGCGAAAACUGACACACAAAGUGAGAAAAUCAAGCACACACGCCAUCACCGGCAAACGCAAGCCAAAAACCUAACGCCCAACGCCGUUCGCCGAUUCAACUUCUCUCUCCUGAAUUCGUCGCCACCUUCAACCGAAUCUCCGUUCCUAUUUCGCCACCUCGCCGGCGAUGAGGCCGGGAUUCAUUUGAAUCGAGUCUCGCUAUUUCGAAUUGCGCUGCGAUUCUCAGAAUUUUUUAGAUGAACAUGCCGAAGCCGAACCAGGUCACGGUGAGAGACCUCGUCGAGGAAGCCAAGAAACGGAUCGUCAUCCUCGUCGUAUGCGUCGUCGGACUCUCGUAUAUCAUGUCCUUGACAAGCUCCUCAGUCUGGGUCAAUUUGCCAGCUGCAGCCUCCUUAAUUAUUAUUCUCCGCUAUUUAUCACUAGAUUUUGAGAUGAAGAGAAAAGCUGCAGCAUACAACAAUAAACCAGGCUCCACCAGUCUCCAGUCUUCAAAGAAGCCUAUUGAAAAUCCUAAAGUUAUUGCAAAGUUUGAGUGGAGAACAAAAGUGAAUUCUCCUGUUGUUGAGGAUGCAAUUGAUCACUUCACGAGACAUUUAAUUUCCGAGUGGGUGACAGAUCUUUGGUAUUCUCGCUUAACUCCAGACAAAGAGGGCCCUGAGGAGUUAGUGCAAAUAAUUAAUGGUGUUCUUGGGGAAAUUUCUGGACGCAUGAGAAACAUCAAUUUGAUAGAUUUUUUAAUAAGGGAUCUUAUUCAUCUCAUUUGCACACAUUUGGAGCUGUUUCGUGCUGCCCACUCAAAGAUUGAGAAACAACAUACAGGUUCAUUAACAAUUGAAAGUCGAGACAUGGAACUAAAAGUUGUAUUGGCUGCUGAGAACAAAUUGCAUCCUGCUUUAUUUUCUGCUGAAGCUGAGCAUAAGGUUUUGCAGCAUCUGAUGACUGGUCUUAUGCAUGUUACUUUCAAGUCUGAGGAUUUGCAGUGUUCUUUCUUUCGAUAUGCCGUCAGGGAGCUUCUUGCAUGUGCUGUAAUACGACCUGUAAUAAACUUGGCAAAUCCAAGGUUUAUUAAUGAAAGAAUUGAAUCCGUGGUAAUUAACAAGACCAAGGUUAGCAAUGGGGUUGCCGCAGCUCAAGAGGCAUCUCACAAUAAAGCAGAUGAGUUACAGACUCCAUCUGACUAUUUCUCCAAGAGUUCAGAUCCUUCUGUUACUGGUGUCGAGCUUGUGCAGCUAAGAAAUGGUCAACCCAGAAAUGUGGAGUUGUCUGCACAAAAUAAUGCCCAUGGUAAUAUUGCUAAAGAUCCGUUGCUUUCAGUUGAUGCUCGAUCUUCCCGGACAUGGAACUCAAUGCCUGCAAACUCCCAAACUAAUGAUGACCAGGGUAUUCAACGAAAUCGCUCAGGAGGAGAGUGGGGAGAUAUUUUAGAUGUCAUCUCUCGCCGAAAGACCCAAGCUCUUGCUCCAGAACAUUUUGAGAACGUGUGGACUAAAGGGAAAAAUUACAAGAAAAAGGAUGGUGAGAACCAGCCAAAUGAGCAUCUUUCGCAGCCUCCUGUUGUAGGAAAACUGCCAAAGGUAGAUCAUAUAAAUGCAAUAUCUGGACCCAUAGAAAGAGAUACUAACUCAAAGCUUAUUCCCUCCAAGGGAGGCCAAAUUAAUUCUGGGCUAAGCAGUCAACUCUCUGUUGAAAAUACAUCUAUUCAUGCAGACAAGAAUGGAUCAACUUCAGUUACCUCAUAUAAAGAUGCUGAGCACAGCCACAUUUAUGGGCAGAUGAGUGAUUCAGAGAGCAGUACUUCUUAUACUUCUGAAGAUGAUGAAAGUAGUUGUGUCACUGGUCUUGAUUCCCCUGUCACUAAGGUUUGGGAUGGAAGAAGUAAUAGAAAGCAGGCAGUUUCUUAUGUUCAUCACCCACUUGAAAAUUUUGACAAUCACAGUACAAAGAAAAGGAAUAAGAGCCAUUCUCGCUAUCCAAGAUUAUCCAGAGUUCAUUCUGGCAGUAAAAGGUCUUGGCCAGGUGGUCAUAAAAUACAAACGUGGCAGGAAGUUGAGAGAACAAGUUUUUUAUCUGGAGAUGGUCAAGACAUACUUAAAUCUUCAAAGUCGCAUAUAAAUUCUGAGGAGUCCAGUGAUGAUGCUGAUAUGGAAAGUUUGGGUAGACUAUAUAGUGGAGCAGCUGCCUCCUCUUCCCCAUACUCUAAUUCUAAAUCAGAAUCUUGUAGUUUGUCUGUUAAUCCCCUAAAAAGUUCCUCUGUCGUAGAUUCUUUUUACAAGUUGAGAUGUGAGGUCUUAGGUGCAAAUAUUGUGAAGAGUGGCUCAAAAACCUUUGCUGUUUACUCCAUAUCCGUUACAGAUGUAAAUAAUAACAGUUGGUCAAUUAAAAGAAGGUUUCGUCAUUUUGAAGAGCUACAUCGACGCCUGAAAGAGUUUCCCGAGUAUAAUCUUCAUUUGCCACCAAAACAUUUUCUUUCAACUGGUUUAGAUGUACCAGUCAUUCAAGAGCGGUGCGAAUUACUGGAUAAAUAUUUGAAGAAACUUAUGCAACUACCAACUGUUUCGGAAUCAAUUGAAGUAUGGGACUUUCUCAGCGUGGAUUCUCAGACAUACAUAUUCUCAAAUUCUUUUUCUAUCAUGGAAACAUUAUCAGUUGGCCUUGGUGCCAAGCCAUUUGAGAAGACCAAAAGUGCGUCCAACUUCUCCGCACCUGCAAGUGACCCUGUUCCCUUUCGAAAGGAAAAUUGUAGUUCAGAAAGUAAAGAGGCUGUUUUGCGAGCAAGAAAUAAUGUUGAGGCUGAUGGAUUGAGGUCAAAAGUAAACAGCUUGCCUCUUUCUCUACCAAAAAAGAAUACAAAUGAACCUAGAAAGGCAUAUGAAAAUUCUGGCAGCAAUACAGAUAUUCUAGCAAGGAAGAGUGCACCUUCUCCCAAUAACUUGCAGAAGACAGUGAAAGGAAGGGAUAUUUUAGAUGAGGUUUCUGAAGUGCACCAAGAUACAUCUGAUGCCUUUCCAACAGAGUGGGUGCCACCAAAUUUGAGUGUACCCAUAUUGGAUCUGGUGGAUGUUAUCUUCCAGGUUCAAGAUGGUGGAUGGAUCAGGCGAAAGGCUUUUUGGGUUGCUAAACAAGUCUUACAACUUGGGAUGGGUGAUGCCUUUGAUGACUGGUUGAUAGAGAAAAUUCAACUUCUCCGUAAAGGAUCAGUGAUUGCUUCUGGGGUCAAGCGAGUUGAGCAAAUACUCUGGCCUGAUGGAAUAUUCAUAACCAAGCAUCCAAAUCGAAGACCACCACCACCACCCACUAGUCCAUCUCAGAAUUCACCUCACGGCCAUCAACCUACACCAGUAUCUUCUCCAAGGUUAGAUGAUGAACAGCAACGAGAGGCAGAUCGGCGUGCAAAGUUUGUAUAUGAGCUCAUGAUCGAUCAUGCACCGGCAGCAAUUGUAGGCCUUGUUGGUAGGAAGGAGUAUGAGCAAUGUGCUAGAGAUCUAUAUUUUUUCCUUCAGUCAUCCGUUUGCUUGAAGCAGUUGGCUUUUGACCUCCUGGAGUUGUUGCUGACGUCAGCAUUUUCAGAGCUUGAUAAUGUGUUCAAGCAGCUGCAUGAAGAAAAGCAUAAAUUUGGUGAGUUCAAAACAUAGUAAAUAUUACAAUAUUUUCAAAUGAUGCUCGGAAAAACAAUGUUGUGGAUGUUAUGUCUUCCGAGAUGCAUUUGUCUUGUGAUUGUUCCUGGUUGCCCCUUUGUCUCUGCAACCAGUAUUCUUCUCUUUCUUGCCUACUAAUGAGCUUAAGGCAUUCAAUUUUUCCAUCUACCGAGUCAGGUUUUGUAAUUAAAGGUUGGGGUUUUGAGGCAGCAAUUCUGUAAAUUUUGAGAUUAGUGCAAUUUUUUUAAGAUUCAUUAUUGGCUAAAA